GUCGCUUCCUGUGACUGACUCUCUGUUUCCAUUCCGGCACAGUGUUUGCUUUUUUCUCUCUGCUUUGGGGGUUGGAGGAAGAGAAGCUUCUCACGGUGCCUCUCUAGGGCCUCUUGGCAGUCUCGCCCUGGUGCCCCUCACACUUCUACCAGAGGCAAAGACCACAGCUUCUCCCGGAGCCGCCUCGCCGGGGGAGCCCACGCUGGAUGAGCCCUCGCCUCUGCAGUGGGCAUUGUAGCCGCGUCCAGGUAGAACCAAGCCUGUUGUCUUCGUAUGUUGGGUCAACUCAGCCUGACAUUUCAGGGGUAGGCACAAAGCAGGGAGUUUGUUGGAGGAAAGAAAGUUCUAGAGAGACAGAUUGGGAGCUUUAGAAAGGAAGAAAUAAAAACCAAUAGACUUUUUUUGUGAGAGACUUUGGUGAAUAAAGAUUUAAGAAGAAAUUUUGAGAGUUAAGAGUUGUACAUUAGGGAGGGUUUGGAAGACAUGAAAACCAGGAGGAUUUCUGUCAUUCUUGUCUACUAAAAAAAGUGGUUAUAGCACACAGUAUGAUAUGUAAAACACAAACCAAUUUUGCCUUUUCUGCUGGGAGUCAACAACUUAGGAAGAGCCAGGAAAGUGGCAGACAUGCUGGCUGGCUGAUUGUGAUUGAAAGGAGGCUUAGAAGGAGGAGCUGAAGCCAGAGAGGUUCCUGUGACAAUGGCUGUCACCACCCCAACCCUCUCAGAAAUCAGAGGGAGGACGGCGGAGCCCGGCACUCUGCAGGUCACUCGCAGCAGCCUGGACAGAGAUAAAGAGCAAAGCAGCAACAUCUUUUCUGGGUUCGCGGGACUCCUCUCCAUCCUCCUGGUCAUCACGGUUUUCUGCGUCCUGUGGAACUGGAAUAAACGGAAGAAGUGGCAAGCUCCUUAUCUCCGCACUACUGCUGGGCCCUCGCUGACUCUGCCUAGACAAGGACAACGAGCCAAAAAUACUUACGACCUCUUGCCCCGCAGGCAAGAAGAGCUGGGGAGACAUCAGCCGAGGAGUAUCCGUAUUUUCAGUACCGAGAGCCUCCUCUCCAGAAAUUCUGACAGCCCUCCCUCUGAGCACAUGCCCUCCCAAGCAGGCACUGCCUUGCAGACGCAUAGAGCCCAUCCUUAUGCCGUGGGGUAUGCAGUGGGCAUCUAUGACAAUGCCAUGGGGCCCCACGUGUGUGAGAACCUCACUCCUUCAGCACACUACGUCAACAUUGGAGCUUCCAGAGAUUGCCCGAGCAUUUCUUCAGAGGAUUCGAGAGAUUACGUCAAUGUCCCCACAGCAGAAGAAAUUGCUGAGUCUCUGGCUUCUACCAGCAGCCCUCCUGGGAACCUCUUUGACCUCCCAAGAGCCCAGGAGCUGGAGUUUCCUGAGGAAAGAGACGAGGGCUGUGGGAAUGCCAGUGACUGCCCCAGUUUUUGGUCUCCAGGAACUGAGAGCAGUGAUCCACUCAGCGAUGGGGAAGAUUCUUCUCAGACCUCAAAUGACUAUGUCAACAUGGCGGGGUUGGAUCUCGGGGCCAUUCAAGGGAAGCAGCCCUGGGCGGCUGUUCAGUGCUGCAGAGAUUAUGAAAAUGUCCCACCAGCAGAUUCUAAUGGAAACCAGCAGCAGGUGGAGGAAGAAGUGACAUCCUCAAACACAGACCGUGUAGAGGGCAGGACAGAUGGUCCAGGGACCCACAUCCAACCUGUCAUGCAGUCAGGGAGAUUCUUGGCUUUAGAGGAUUAUGUAGCCUGUUGGUCCUCUGCACAGAGUGAGAACAGUCAGAUGAAACAUGGAGAAGAGGUGUCAAACGAGGACUCCAAUGACUAUGAGAAUGUGCUAGCUGCCAAGUUAGGAGGCAGGGACUCUGAGCAGGAGCCUGAGACACAGCUCCUUCCUGAUGAGUUAAGAUCCAGCCACCCAGCUGGAAAGCCAUGUGAAAUGGUCUAUCCUGCCAGAUCCGUAGCCACCACAGGGUCUAGUGAAGACCCUUGACCAUCCUGUAUUUCAGUGGUUAGGCUGAAAAGAGGCUGAAAUAAGUGCGGAGCUAAGAGGCUCACAAAAGCAGAGGUUUGGGAAAGGCAGAAAGAAAUUCUUCUCAAGUUGGGUGCUGUUAUCUCUCAUACCAACCUAAGAAUGUUUGCUGAAACCACCUUCUAGGACUGUUAGGAGAUUAAAAAUGGGAGAGUACUUUAGUGCACAGUGGAAACAUGCACUAGUCUAAAAUCGUUACCUUCACUUAUACCAGCAGGCUGCAAAGCAAAAAUACAGAUUGUUUUGUAAUCCAGGCAGAAGCCAAAAGGAAGGAAGAAGUUGGGAUACAGGUGGGGAGACAGUGUGGACAAGCAAAUACUGGAGAAGAUGUGGAAUAGGAACUCGCACUCAGUGCUGAUGGAAUUGCAAAGCAUAACAUCCACUUUGGAAAACUGUUUGGCAGUUUCUUAUAAACACACACUUGUUGUACGACACCGCCAUUCCACUACUAGGUAUUUACCCAAGUGAAUGGAAAACUUGUGUUCACACAAAAACACACACAUGACUGUUUACAACAGCUCUAUUCAUAAUUGCCAAAACCUAGAAAUAACCCAGAUGUCCUUCAACAGGUGAAUGGGUAAAUAGACUGUGGCGUGUUCAUAUGAUGAGUUUAGCCAUAUUCAACAGUAAAAAGGAAUGAAGUAUCGGUUCAUGCAACAACGUGGACAAAACUUAAAUGCAUUUUGUUAAGUGACAGAAGCUAGAACUAUAAGUCUACAUAUUGUAUGAUUCCAUUUAUACAACAUUCUGGACAAGGCAAAGCUACAGGGGUGGAAAACAGAUCAGUGGUGGCAGGUUUGGGGAAAGGGGAGAGGUUUACAACAAAGGAGCUGCACAAGGGAAUUUUUAGGAUAAUGGAGCUGUUCUGAUUGGUACUGUGGUGGUGGAUACAUGACUCUAUGCAUUUGUCAAAACACAAAAAACUGUGUAACACAAAGAGUGACUUUAAUUGUAUGCAAAUUUUAAAAAAUUAACCAGGCUGUCAGGGGAACCCAUGAUAGAAUAUACAUUGUGACAAAUGAAUUUAACUGUAUUACAAAUGUAAUCCCACUGAAGGGGGUGCGGAAAAAAGGACCUGGCCUAAUUAACUUUGGAAAAUAAUGUUUUUACUUGAAACUGUAAGAUAAAGACACAAAGAACUGAACACAAACACUGCACUCUAGUUGGUAAAUUUAUAUGGCACAGGAGUAUAGGUUAGCAAUUCUCAAACUACUUUGAAUGUAUACUAGGGUUGAACAAAAAGUAAAUAUGUUAUAGAUAAGGAGAAGCAAGUUUCUUACUGUCAAAGAAAGAGGUGACAAAUAGGCAAGUAGGGAAGGAUACAGUGAACUCUGGUGCUUGAUUAGAGUUGGAGGUACAGUUUGAACUAGUUUUUAAUUUAAUAUACAUACAAAUAGAUACAGAAAUAAAUAUAGAUGUGUGUGUUUCCAGAGGCUAGUAUACAUAUAUUUUCUAGUUCUGUCCACUAGAGGGUCUAGAAAUACUGAUAGCCCGGUAGCAAUGAACAUACUUAGCACUCAGAUCUUGGUUCCUGAAUAUCAUUGUCCAAUGAAAGGAACCAGAGCUCCUUGGAGAAAUAGCUAGUUCUAGGGCUGGAGCAGGAAAAAUAUAGGAUGAGCUUGACCAUCUUGGAGAAAAGGAAAGAAAAGAAAGAAAAAGUGGGGAGAAGAAAAGAAAAGAUGAGAGCAUGUCAAAGGGAGCCAAUUGAAAGAGCUCCCAGAGGCAAAGCUAGAACAAUUUGAGCAAUAAGAAUAAAUAAAUAUAACAUAGAUUUAUAACCCAAAGAACAAAAUAAAUAUCCAUGAGUCCACACCAAUGGUCAAAUAAAUAAAUAAAAUGGAGUAAAGGGAUAAAUCUUCCUUACAGAUGAAUUCCAAAUAGUAAAUGUAGAAGAAAUAAGGGGAAAAGAAAAUCACCAUUAAGACACCACAGAAUGAUCACUUUGGGCAAGUCCUAAUGAAUGCUAAAAUUAGUGGGUGACACUUUAAGGAGAAAGAAAGUAGUUUCAUAGCCUCAAAGAAUCUCCUCCCAAAUAGUUGUUCAUUACUGUGAUGGUUUUCACACAUGUCCGCAAAUUGUCUGAUACUUCCUCUGGAUCUUAAUUCCCCUCCCCUUCAGUGUGGGCUGCAUUUAGUGACUCUUCUAACGAAGAGAAUAUGGAAAGGGGAAAAUAGUAAAUUUACAGUGAAGAAACUUGGCAGACACCAGCAGUUAAGUGUUAACUCACCAGUAAGGAAUAAGUCACAGGGCUGCAUGACCAAGGGGAAGAGAAUUUUACCUCUGUGAUAUUCUUCCCCAAAUCCACAACCCCAGUUCCAUCAUGAGAAAGCAUCAGAAAGCCCAAAUUGCAUGACAUUCUACAAAUACCUGACCAGAACUCUUAAAAGUUCUAAGGUCAUGAAAGACAAGAAAAGACUGAGAAACUGUCACAGGUUGGAGGACAUUAAGGAGACAUGAUGACUAAAUAUAACAUGGUACCUUGAAUUGAAUCCUGGUACAGAAAAAGGACAUUAGUGGGAAAAACUGGUAAAACUCAAAAAAAGUCCAUAUUUACUGAAUAGUAUUAUAUCAGUUAAUUUCUUAGUUUUGAUAAAUGUACCAUGGUUGUAUAAGAUGUUAACAUCAGGGGAAGCUGGGUGAGGAGUAUACAGGAACUCUCUGUUCUCUCUUUGCAACUCUUCUGUAAAUUACUUCAAAAUAAAAAAUAAUUUUAAAGCACGGACAAAGCCAGGAGUGAAGACGUGGAGGCUCAACCCACUACUGUAAAUGUGCCUUUGUUCCUUCUCCUGCACAAUGGAUAUAACAUAAAGCAUAUGCUGGUGUAAUUGUUCUGGGUAUGU